AUGGCGGCGGUGCUCGCGGAGACGCUAGCAGAGCAAAGACGGGUCCAGGAAGCCGACAUGAACGGCGAUGCCGCGGAUCGCGAGGACGCCGACCCGGUGGAAGAGGCGGCGGCCAAAAAGAAGAAAAAAAAGAGGAAGAAGAACAAGUCAGCGACGCCCGGUCCCGACGGAGACGGCGUCGCCGAGGUGACGAAGGAGUUGGAAAAACAGGUGAUAGAGGACAAGGAGGAAGAGGAGGGUGAAGAAGAUGGGGACGACUCGGCAGGGAAGAAGAAGAAGAAAAAAAAGAAGAAGAAAGGACUCAAAGGUCAGACCGAUCCUCCGUCAAUUCCCAUCUGCGAGCUUUACCCUGGCGGCGCCUUCCCCGUCGGUCAGGAGUGCGAAUACCCUCCCUCGCAAGACGGGCGCAGCGCGGCCUGGCGCAGUACCAACGAGGAGCGGCGAGCGCUGGACAAAGCCAACGAAGAGGUGUGGCACGACUUCAGACAGGCGGCCGAGGCUCACAGGCAGGUCCGGCGUCACGUCAGAGGCUUCCUCAAACCCGGGAUGACCAUGAUCGAAAUAUGCGAGCGUCUGGAGGACUGCUCCCGCAAGCUCAUCAAGGAGAACAAGCUGCACGCCGGCCUGGCCUUUCCCACCGGCUGCUCGCUCAACCACUGCGCCGCGCACUACACUCCCAACGCCGGCGACCCCACCGUCCUGCAGUACGACGACGUGUGCAAGAUCGACUUCGGCACGCACGUCAACGGGCGAAUCAUCGACUGUGCCUUCACCGUCACCUUCAACCCAAAGUACGACAAGCUGCUGGAAGCCGUCAAGGACGCCACCAACACGGGCAUCAAAAACGCCGGAAUCGACGUGCGUCUGUGUGACGUCGGCGAGGCCAUUCAGGAAGUCAUGGAGUCCUACGAAGUGGAGCUCGAUGGAAAAACGUACCAAGUGAAACCUAUCCGAAACCUCAACGGGCAUUCCAUCGGCCAGUACAGAAUACACGCCGGAAAGACGGUGCCCAUCGUUAAAGGAGGAGAAGCCACUAAAAUGGAGGAAGGCGAGGUGUACGCCAUCGAGACGUUCGGCAGCACGGGGAAAGGCGUCGUUCACGACGACAUGGAGUGCUCGCACUACAUGAAGAACUUUGACGUGGGACACGUGCCGAUCAGGCUCCCGCGGGCCAAGCACCUCCUCAACGUGAUCAACGAGAACUUUGGCACGCUGGCGUUCUGCCGUCGUUGGCUGGACCGCCUGGGGGAGAGCAAGUACCUGAUGGCGCUGAAGAACCUGUGCGACCUGGGCAUCGUGGACCCCUACCCGCCGCUCUGCGACACCAAGGGCUGCUACACGGCGCAGUUCGAGCACACCAUCUUGCUCAGGCCCACCUGCAAGGAGGUGGUGAGCCGGGGAGACGACUACUGA